GCUCUCUUUAUAUAGAAUUCAUGACAAAUCCUAAUAUUUUCAAACCCUGUGUAAAAUCUCAACAACGUACAAUCAAAGAUACACUAUGUUUGCAUCUUCAUCAUCUUCUCCGUCUUCAUCCUCGGAGAAGACUUACACAUUGAAAAGCUCCGACAACAAAGAAUUCAUCCUAACAGAGUCAAUCGCGAUGCAAUUCGAAACAAUCAAGCGCAUAAUCGAGGACGAAGAAUCCACAAUCACAACGAUUCCACUCCCAAACGUGGACAGCGAAACCCUAACAAUGGCGAUCGAUUACUGUUCAAAGCAUUCGGAUUCAAAGAAGAUCUCUGAAGAAGCCGAUCUGAAAAAGUUCGAUUCAGAGUUUGUAGCGAAGAAGGACUUGGCUGUGCUCUUCAAACUCGUCUCUGCUGCGAAUUACCUCGAUGUGAAGGGCUUGCUGGAGUUGAUUUGUCAACGAAUUGCAGAUCAGAUCAGGGACUUGAUGCCAGAGGAGGUGAGGAAGAUAUUCAAUAUUGAGAAUGAUUUCACUCCGGAGGAAGAGGCGGUGGUUCGCAAUGAGCAUGAAUGGGCUUUCAAGAUUUAGGGUUUAGUUUAUGGUAAUUGGAUUUUAUACAGUGAAAAUUUUCAUAUUAUAAAAUAUUUUUUUGAGGAUUUUGAAAACAAAAUUUUUUUCCCUAGUUUAAUUGUUUUUGUUUUUUGGAUUUUUUGAAUUGGAAAUCGUUUUAAAAAUUAUGGUCUUGGUAAAUGGUUGUGUGUGUUUUUUUAUUAUUGUUAUUAUGUUUUAAUGGGUAAAAAUACAAAGACUA